CGCUCUGUGAUUGUGGGAUAGAAGCCAAAGCUCCUUGGAUGUCGCAGCAUCAGUUGGGCUAUUUGACAUAUUCACUUACUAUCUCGAAGCAUUCUAUGGGACAGCAUCACAUCAGGCACCGAAACGAAGUUGCCUUCCUCUUCCUGCUCUUAUCGGUCCCAUGCGGAGAGUCUUCAAGGAACGACAGCUUCAUGGACAAGUAUCUUCUUGAGGGGACGCCUCUCGACCUGCGCUUGUACACUUCACGGAGCGUCGUCCACCAGGGAGACAGGGCACGUUUCGUCUGUAUGGCGCUCUUGGCCGACGAAGACGUCUCUUUCCAAUGGCUUGUCGACCAAGAGGAGGUGCCACCCGGAGUCUCGUACGAAGUUGUCGAAGACUCUAACCGGAAUGUCAUCCUCGUGAAAUCGAGAAAUUACAAGAUGCGAUACAGCGCACUCCGUGUCAAAGUCGCUUCUCUAGGGUCGCACACUGUGAGCUGCCGUGUGACCACCAGGAAGGAGACCCGAAGUGUCUACCACCUGAGCAGCGCCUUCGAAGUUGAGAGCCACACAAAGCCCGACGGGACACCGAAUGAAAACUUUCCCGGUCAUUCAAAUAUUGGGUCACUGUGUGGCCACUCUGCGCGCUGUGUUGGUCAGGAUGUCAAUUGCAUGUUUGGGCUCCAAGACCUACCAAGAUGCGAAUGUGCCGCCACCACCCACCUUAAUGAUAUCUUAGAGCAGUGCAUACGCGAGCAUGACUUUGACGGGUUUUGCUACUUCAAGACUCAGUGCAGUGGCUUCAGCCUCAAAUGCGACAAAGAAAAGAACCGAUGCGUCUGUCAGGACGGAUAUGAGAACGCUUCUUCGCGAUGCAUCACACACGUCGCUCGAGACGAAUUUUGCGACAACUUCCGGAUUUGCGUCGAGCCCGCCAUAUGCGUGGACAGAGUGUGCACCUGCGGUUCCGGCUUCCACAGAUACGGCAGCGGCUGUAGGAAGAGAGGCCUUAAUCGGGCAAACUUCGUUCUUCGGACCGUGGUCAUUGCUUGCAGCUUCGUCUUCAUUGUCGUCCUUUGUUGCAUGGCAGAAUAUUUCCGGCUGAAUACGUACAAGCCCACCGUGCUCUAUCCUCCGGAGCAAAGGGUUCCAGGCACUGCCAGUCAAAUGAGCUUACGAUCUUCUGCCUGCGACAUUUCUUGUCGGGAGAACCUGCAUUCUCUGGCACGAUCCCUCACCUCUCGAAGUUCCCUUCCAGAUAUCAACGUAGAUGAAGGCAGGCCUUUAUGAUUAUGUUAAUGCACAAAAGUGUUAAGGUCCCUAGUAUGUGAACUGUGAUUAUUCAGUGUAACGUCGGACGACAUGGGCUGUGAUACCACAAGUCAUAUUGCACCCUUCGAACCACAUGGGCGCCGUCUGAUGGGCAGGAAAACUUCUAGUGGCCGCAGUUCGUUAAAACCCAACUGUGUUUUGAAGAAGCAUGUUAUAUCGUAAUGAUAAUGUUAGCAACAUUUCCAAGUGUUCAUCUUUUGCGCUUUGGUGGACCGAUUUUUAAUGGGACGGGUUCGCAGAGUGUCGCAAACCAUAACGACCUCAAUUGCAUUUUACAUGCAACUUGUUUCAAUGUACAAAUUUCCCACUGUGGGAGAUUAUUUCCACUCCGGAUCGUUGUUUUCUUUCGGUACAGGCGUUGGCAUUCAUUUAGAGGGACCGAAAAAUCAAAUGUAACAAUGUUUUAAGAUACAUCAUGCAGAUUUCACACAAUCA